CAGCAUCACACCUUUGGUUGAAGUGCAUUUUAGCCAAGAAUACAAGAGAACCAUGAUCAGUUCGAAGAAGCUUGCUCACUUGGCCAAGAAGUGCCAGAGGAUGGUGGCCUCUGGUGACCGGCAAACUUCAGGCACUAACGGGUGCUACAGCACGGCUUCUAUGGCAGAUAAGGGCCACUGUGUGAUCUAUAGCGCUGAUGGAACACGGUUCGAGGUCCCACUGGUGUAUCUCCACACGAGGGUAUUCGUCGAGCUCCUAAGGGCUUGCCUAAGGAUGUCUCAGGAGGAAUUCGGCUUUACAAGCUAUGGCAAAAUCACAUUGCCUUGUGAUGCUUCUGCGAUGGAGUAUUUGAUUCAUUUGCUUAGAAGAGAGGCCUCAGAAGAGGUUGAGAGGGCAUUCUUGAGCUCCAUAGUGAGCCCUUGCCACAAAACGUCAAUGGGACUAAAUCAGCAAUUUGCUGUUUGUAUUUAGAGGUGUAUAUCUUGGUCCGUUUAGAUGUAAAUUAUCAUGAUUAGAGGAAUCAAA